AUGAAACGAUUUAUUAAAGAGAAUACCACAAAAGAAUAUGAACGGAAUUUUUCGUUGGACGACGAUGAUGGUAAUAAUGACCAACAAGAAACUCCGGAACCAAAAUUAUUCAACCUCUCGGAUCAAGAAAUUGUUAUUAUGAAUGAGAGAUUGAAGGAUUUGAAUUUAUCAUUCCAAAAAGCAUUGAGUAAAUGCUUCUCAUUAGAUUUACCCUAUUCCAUCACGAGUGAUGACUCCCAAAGUUUAUUUCAGAACACGCGUUUGAAGACUUUAUUACCCUCGGAAGAAGAAGCCAAAUCCAUUUCGUGUUCAAUAUUCACCAGAGGAUUUUUCAAACUUGAUGAGGAUUCUGGAGCUUUUGUCUUGGACAAGUCUCUGAUAGGAGAGAAAACUUUGGAAGAUUACAAAUCAACCCCGUAUGGAUUUAUUUCGAGAGCUGAAUCCUCUGCCUCAACACACUAUAAAGGAAAGAACCAAAUGACAAAUCGAAAGCAACUUCUCCAUAAAGAUGUGGAUGCUUAUUUGGAACAGGAAUCAGUAAUGACAGGCGUCGAAGAUAAAUUAAUGGCUCCAGUGUUGAGGAGUUCUUCAUUUUCAAAGACUGAAAAGAAGGAGCAUGAAAAGUUAUCGUCACUGCUGGAUCCCAAUUAUAAAUCAUCGGCAGUUGUAGAUACUAAGGAUACUGCAGGUGCAGGAUGGGCACAUAUGGCUGCUCCAAGAAUGACACCAGAAUUAAAACAAGAAUUACUUGCAAUGAAAUUGAAGAGAGCUUCUGAAGGAGAAGGAAAACGAUUGAAAAAGGAGGCUGUAGCUGAAGAUUUCGAUGAGGACAAUCUACCCAAGUACUUCCAAAUUGGUACCAUUGUUGACAACGCCAAAGAAUUCUAUAGUGACCGUGUCGUGAAAAAGAAGAGACAACAAAGCUUUUUAGAUGAGCUUAUUCAAGAAGACAAGGAGACAGGUUACGUUUCUCAAAGAUAUUCCCAAAUUCAAGACAAGCUUGACCAAGUUCAAAAACGAAAGAAACGAAAACUCAUGAAAAAGAUUGCAAAAAUGAAUAAGGAAAAGUCAACGAAAUAG